AAGCUCUCCUCCACUUUACGCCGUUGGAUGAAUCCAUGGCGCCUCCACAAACCCUAGCGCCGAACGCUAAAUCUCCCUAUUAAGAGACCUGGAUCGCCUCAUUCAUCGCCGCUUCUUGGCCUCGGUCCAUUCGCCGCCGGAGAGAUCACGAAGAGGGUGGAGAUGUCGACGGAGGAAGCGAAGAAGGUGAUCCCGGAGUCGGUGCUGAAGAAGAGAAAGAGGGAGGAGCAAUGGGCAGUCGCGAAGAAGCAGGAGCUCGCGGUUAAGAAGAAAAAGUCUCGGGAGAACCGGAAGCUCAUCUUCUCUAGAGCUCAGCAGUACGCCAAGGAGUAUGAAACUCAGGAGAAGGAGCUGAUCAGCUUGAAGAGAGAGGCCAGGAUGAAGGGAGGAUUCUAUGUCAGUCCGGAGCCGAAGCUUUUGUUCAUCAUCCGCAUCAGAGGUAUAAAUGCAAUGCACCCGAAGACCCGAAAGAUCUUGCAGCUCCUUCGUCUGAGACAGAUAUUCAAUGGCGUGUUUCUAAAAGUUAACAAAGCUACGAUCAACAUGUUGCGAAGAGUUGAGCCUUAUGUUACCUAUGGGUAUCCCAAUUUGAAGAGUGUUCGAGAGUUGAUUUACAAGAGAGGAUAUGGGAAGCUGAACAAGCAGAGAAUUCCUUUUACAGAUAAUUCAGUGAUUGAGAAGGGCUUGGGCAAAUGUAACAUCUUGUGCAUUGAAGAUCUUGUGCACGAGAUCAUGACGGUUGGUCCACAUUUCAGGCAGGCCAACAACUUCUUGUGGCCUUUCAAGUUGAAAGCACCAUUGGGUGGCCUGAAGAAGAAGAGGAAUCACUAUGUCGAAGGAGGUGAUGCAGGAAACCGCGAGGACUAUAUUAAUGAACUCAUCAGAAGGAUGAACUAGAUCUCGUGCUGUCUUAGACUUCUUCUAUUACUUUAAGAAAGAUUUGUUCUACUUUGAUUUCACUUCCAGUAGAAGUUCUGCUAUUUUGAAUCUUGUGUUGGUGACAUUGUUACCUUGAAACACUUGUUGGUUUUGCUUUUGCAUUAUUUAUGAUUUAUGCUACUUUGAAAUAUUUGAUGUUGA